CAUCACCUUGCAUAAGGUUUACGUAAGAUCACUUGUGAAAUUACUGGAUAUUCCACAUUUUUUCCGAUGGAUUUAUCUUCUGGACUUCAUAAGAAGAUUUGUGGCCGCCUUUGAAUCAUCAUAGCUCCUGCAUUCUCUUGGAUCCAGAUCUGGACCAUGACUGCUGAUUGAGAAAUGAUGAGGGCUGGAGACCCGCUGGAAAACACACUGCGCCGAGAUGAAGUCGGAUUCCCUGCGCCUCCCUGCGCCUCCCGCUUGCUGCAAAUGGGAUAUUGUUCAGGCCUAUACAAAGCUGUUUUCAGCCUCUUCAAUAUUGCAGGAGGGGGGGGGUCACCUGAUACCUAACAAUCAGCUAAUCCACUGCCCAUGGCGACGAGGUCACCUGUGCACAGACAAAUGGGCUCUGUUUAUAUGCACCAUCGGUUCGAUCACGUCCUUUGGCCAGAAUGUCAGCACUGCAGGCAUUCUAAGGGAUAAUCCCCCGAAGCCAUGUGAGGAGUCGAGGAUCUCGGCGUCUGUGAGUGACAGCACCUCAGAUUCAUUCUUCCACAUGUCGGUUGCAGAGAAGAGCAGUGGGGGGAUGUUUGGCCUUCGCUCAAGGGAAGGGCCAUUGGAUGGGGCUGCGUGGAGGAGCUCAAGACCCCCCACCCCCAAAAGGCUUUACCUCUGGAAAUCUCAUUGCUGUUUAUUUGAAUUACAGGGGCUGAGAUGAGAAAAGGAGGGCUAAUGAAGUCCAGGUUUCCAGGCAUGUGCAAACAAUCAUGGCAAGGUUUUUUUUUUGCAGAAAGAGCAAGCAGCAGGAUUACAGCAACGCUUGCCCCCACCACCCCAAUGCCCCAAUCGUCCCAGUUUGGCUACUUAAAUGACGGAGAAGACAUACAUCUGUCAUUAAAACACACGUCAUGUCAAAAAGCAGCAAAGAUAAAAAAAUGCCUUUAACUCUUUUUAUAAAUAUAAACUUUUAUUGCAGUACUGAGAUUUAGAAAAAUACAUUCACAUAAUUUCAGAUAACAAACAUAUACGUCAAACUAAGAUUAAAAAAAAAAAAUUGCCCUUCACUAAGAUUUGGUAUAUGAAGUUAAAGCACUGAUGAAUUGGGUAACCAAAUAAAAAACAAAGUGUGAUGCAUUCAGAGAUAUGAAUGCUGUUUCUUGGCCGCAAAGGCUGAAAUGUGCUAUUAUGGUCAUGUAUGACAGGGAGAAUGAGGCUCCUGUGGUUUAAAAAAAAAAAAAAAAAAAAAAGUACAGGACCCACUUGACAAAUUUGACACCCAGUAAAUAUUCCAGUGACAGCAAUGGUGGAGGUGAUGGUAAAAUCUCUGAAUUUGAGCUGUUAUUGCCUUCAAAUAGCAGAGCUUCAGUGUUAUUCACUAUGAAAAAAAAAAACAAAAAGUGUCCACAACUGUCUGACGCCAUGCAAAAAAAAAAAAAAAAAAAAAAAAAUUUCGCCCCUUGUUGUUCUCACUGUAGGUGUUUGCAUUUGCAGAGUCACGUUAAACCAAAACACAAUCGAGCGUAGCAUCAUCACGCUUAUUUAACGUAGCGGCGGGCAUUAUAAACAACAUACAAGCGACAUGUGAACCCACAGUGUGACCUUUUCAUUCACUGUUGACGCCAGUGCUUGAAAAUAGCAUUCAACAUGCCCAUUUGUCCAAACUCGUCAAACCCUAGUGUCGUGCCCGUAGUGUCAUGAUGGUAGUGCAAACCCAUAAAAAAAAAAAAAAAAUGUACAUUCAUCUUUGAGACCGGAGAGGCAAUUUAAGGUGCUUGCCGAAGGGCACUUUGUCGGAGUUGAGCAGCUUUUUGUGUGUUGAAUGACUUAUUGUUUUAUACACGCAUUGCAUUGCGGUCCUUCAGUAAAAACUGGCCCACUUCCACAGACAGGCACCCCCCCCCCCUUGUCCCCCUUACCAAUGACCUUUUUGGUUUGACCCAGAUGACGCAUUUAGUUUGGAGGAACAUCCUGGUCACGUGACUUGCGGCAUGCAUGCCAGCACCUGCUUCGGCAAAUCAAGUCCACUCAACAGGAAGUAGCAGGUGUUGUUUGUAAAACUGCACUUUUCAACAUGGAGUGGAUUUUCACAAAAUGUGAACGCAACAUGUUAUUAAUUAUUAUUUUUUUUUGUAUAAAUGUCCAAGCCUUCUUUCUUACUAGAGUGCAUCUUUAAAUAAUUUAACAGUUAAAAGAAAUGAAUGGUAAAAAAAAAAAAUGCACACACACACAAUAACACACACACACACACACACACACAAACAAAAGCGUCAUCAUAUCACUGCUUUCAUGGACAUGAGUGCUUUUGCUUUAAGGUUAAAGGUCAGCCAUGUCCUGAUCCAUCUGCACUGUCUGUAGUUUGGCUAACUCCUUCCCCUCCACGGGUUCAAUGUCGCCGCACAUGGCCCGCACUAUAUCAGUCACGCCCGCCGGACUCGAGCCGUCCGUUUUGUUUUGGGACAGACUCAUAUAGUCACUAGUCAUGCAGGUGCCCAUCAGGUGCGAGACCUGACCCGCACGGACUUCGUGGUACUUGACCGCCUGCAGAUGGUGACUGCUUGGGUUCGUUUGCGGCAUCAGCGGCGUGCUAACGGUGAGUGUGGUGUACACGUCAGGGCUGGAUGCAGUAACGGCGGGGAUUUCUGCCGUGUCCGAGACCGGAACCUGCGUCGAUGGAGCGUCUUCAGAUGCGGGAUUGGAGUAGCCGAUAUGCACGCUCGGGUCCAAGUGGAGCCCGUGGUGGUACGAGGAGUACACGCCUCCGUCCAGAGGUUCCUUCUUGAUGGGCGGCUGGCUGACGCUGCUCAUACUGUAGAGUACGGUGCUGUGGUGCAGGGAGGUCAUGGUCAAGGAAUCAUCGCUGGCGGAGCUGACUGCGAUAUCGCUCAGAGAAACGCAGCUGUUGUGUGUCUUGCACACUUUGUGUUGUCGGAGCCUGUGGCGCCUCAACAGCAAGCUUCCUUUCAAUUAGGUGUGAAUUCUCUGCACAAUGUCAAACCUCGCCCAGACCCCAGCUCCAGUGGCCCCCAGGUAAAUUGAGUUUGAGACCCCUGAUCUAAUGUAAAGAACCCACCUUGUGUGAUGGAUGAGGACGAUGACGGCGAAGAAGAGAGCUGCAGCGGAGGAAGGCCGACGUCGCUGUUAAGCAACGAGCUUCCAUCACCGUCAGAGACUCCGCUCGGUACCUGCACCAGACUGUAUCCGCCCAGCGAGGAGCUGAACGUCAGCACGGAGGAGCCUCCGUUCUGGGACGCCAUCGUGUGAACCCCCUCGAGCUUCACCUGCCCUCCAUUCACACAGCCCGAGUAGGAAGAGGGGUACUGCAGGGUCGAAUCCUCCGCAGAUCCACCCAGUCCUUUCUCGUGAACGUCCAUUCCAGAGCCGCCCAUCAGAACGCCGCCGGACGGCCUCAGAGAAUUGAACGCCAUUGGUUGGAUGCCCAAAUUGAGCCCGUUGAAGAGGAUGUUCCCGGGUGAGUGGAGAGCCCCCCGCUGUUGGACGCGGGGCCCAUUUUGAUGUCCCCGAUUUGCUGGAUGACUACCCCACUGUCCAUUGGCCCCGUUUGAAUUGGGAGGCUCCCGUGAGUGAUCACGCCAUCUGAGGAGUUUGAGAGGGGCCUGGGUGACAAGUCCUCUUGACCUUUGGUGGACUCAUCCUCUGUGCUGUGGUUGCCAUCAGAUUCACUGCGGGGAAAGGAAUGUAAUGAGAGAAGCAAAAAAAAAUGGACGACCAAGGGUGCCCGAGAUGCAAAACAACAAAAUACAGAAACCCUUCGUUGAAGUUGAUGGUGAACGUCUGUGGACAUACGCUAUGCGAGAACUGCGUGGAGAUGCUGUUUGUCCGCGGCUCGGGCAACUGCGUGCAAUGUGACACGCCCCUGAGAAAGAGCAACUUCCGCGUGCAGCUCUUCGAGGACCCCACCGUCGACAAGGAGGUGGAGAUCCGCAAGAAGGUGUUGAAGAUAUACAAUAAAAGAGAUGGCGACUUCUCUAGCCUGAGAGAAUAUAACGACUACCUGGAGCAAGUCGAAGAAAUCGUGUUUAACCUUACAAACAACAUCGAAGUGGACAACACGAAGCUGAGAAUGGAGCAGUACCAGCGGGAGAACCGAGAUCUCAUCCAGAAGAAUAAAGCUAAGCUUACUCGAGAACAAGAGGAACUUGAGGAGCUACUCCUACUAGAACAGCAGGGCAGUGAUCAGCGGAGACUGGACGUGCUGCAGGAGGAGCAGAGGCAGCUUCUGGCCAAAAAGAAGAACAAGCAGGCUCUGCUGGAUGAACUGGAACAUUCUCAGCUUCCUGCUUCUAUCUUGCUUGCCCAGCACAAGGCCCGUGUUUCCCAGCUGGAGACUGAGAUAGAGCAGCAGAAACACGUGGUCAAACCCACCAAUCUCUUUUCAACAGGAAUUCAGAUGCGCCAGACGGUAUGUCUGCAACCUGUACCCAAGUUAGAAGACGCUCUCUACCACUACAGUCCCCUGCAAAUUGAAACCUAUGGACCGCCGGUACCUGAACUGGACCAGCUGGGAAGACUUGGAUACUUGAACCACGUGCGGGCGGCCAUGCCUCAGGACACAGCUGGAGGAUACAGCUCAGCUUUGGCGUGUCAUCGAGCCAUUCAGGAUGCUUUCAGUGGCCUUUUUUCACUAACAGGCUGACCUCACGACGACUUAUGGACGACAAAUACAUGACCCAAGAGGACAAACACUAUCACGGUGGUCAGCGAUUACAGUAAUGUAUCAUUUUUUUUAAUGUAUUUUAUAUAUAAAUAAAUCAAAAUUCCCACAAUGUGUUCAGCAAUUUAUUUAACAUUCUAUGACAUUCAAUGCAAGAUUUGUAUUCAGCUCCUCAUGGAUGCAAUGUUUAUGAUUGUGAUUGUAAACUGAAAGAAACAAAAAUCUGUCAAUAUGAUGCAGGGUUGCAUGAUUCUGCAAAAAAUAUAAAUCACA